AUGCCUCCAAAGGCGAAUACGAAGGCAGCGCGGAAGGCGCCACCGAAGAAAGCCGCCGCCGCAAAGAAGGCACCACCACCUCCUCCCGCGCCUGUCGCCGAAAAACCAUCACGCAAGCGCAAGGCAGACGAUGCGCCUGCCGCUGUAGCGCCCGUCAAAAAGGCCAAAAUCGCCGGCAAAGGCGCAGUAUUGCAAGAACCUCCAUCACAGCGCCUACACGUCUACGUUUUCGGCGAAGGAACAGCAGGCGAACUGGGACUCGGCACGGCAAAGAAUGCAGUCGACGUCAAGCGCCCGCGCCUGAAUCCCAAUCUCAGUGCGGAAUCAGUCGGCGUAGUUGAGAUCGCGGCUGGCGGCAUGCACUGUAUCGCACUCACACAUGACAACAAGAUCCUCACCUGGGGCGUCAACGACCAAGGCACACUCGGCAGAGACACUACUUGGGAUGGCGGGCUCAAAGACAUGGACGAAAUGGCGGACGACAGUGACUCUGAGUCUGGCGAUGAUAACGGUUUGAACCCAAAUGAGUGCACGCCCGGCGAGGUCGACUGGUCACAGACUGAGCUCGCACCAGACACGCGCUUUGUGCAGGUCGCUGCGGGCGAUUCCUCAUCAUUCGUACUCACCGACGACGGCAAAGUCUACGGCUGGGGCACAUUCCGCAGCAACGAUGGCAUCUUUGGCUUCACACCCGAAAUUAAGGUUGCCACGCGGCCUGUCCUUGUACAAAACCUCAAGCAAGUCACCUCCAUUAAAGCUGGUGCGAAUCACGCGCUCGCCAUGCAAGCCAACGGCGCAGUCUUCGCAUGGGGUUCCGGUCAACAGAACCAGCUCGGUCGUCGUAUCAUAGAACGGACGAAGACAGAGGGACUUCUUCCACGCGAGUUUGGACUCCCCAAAGGCCCAAAGAAGGGCAUUACAUCUAUCGAGACUGGCACAUACCACAGCUUCGCCAUUUCAAAAACAGGCGACGUAUGGUCAUGGGGUCUCAACAACUUUGGCGAGACUGGAAUCAUGGACAACGCUGGAGAGGACGACGCAGUGAUCAUGAACCCGCGUGUUGUCGAAUCACUCAAGGGCAAGAACAUUACCAGUAUCACAGGAGGCGGACAUCACAGUAUCGCUGCCACUGCUGAUGGAGAAUGUCUCGCAUGGGGUCGCAUCGACGGCCACCAAAUUGGUAUUUCAGACGAUGAUAUCGCCAAGCUGCCCGCCUCUGCCACCAUCCAGGACGAUCACGGACGCGCCCGCAUAGUUGCACAACCCACAAAGGUCAACAUCGACGGACAUGUAACACACGUCGCAUCCGCAUCUGACCACAACAUUGUUGUCACAAAGGAAGGACAGGCUUGGAGUUGGGGAUUCUCGGCAAAUUACCAGACAGGACUGGGGACCGAUGAUGAUGUGGAGGUCGCAACUCGGAUUGCGAAUACAGCUAUCGUGGAGAAGAAGGUUACAGGAGCAACGACAGGAGGACAGUUUUCAGUGGUGGUGGUGCCGGCUUAA